AGGUGAAGAGUCCAGUCCGUCCAUAGAAUAUAGUGGAAGAAGAACAGAAAGAGUAAAUCGAGCGAACAUGAUUCACUCUGUUGCCAAAUACGCAAGAGCAGCCGCAACGAUUCGUGGCCGCGCGAUAUCGGUUAGAAGCAGCUCUGUUCGGUACUCGAUUCCGUCGAGGGCGAUUCACGGUGAAAUCAGCGUUCCAAACGCGAAUCAUGUGGCUAUUCAGAUGGUCAACUACGCUCUUUCCCACGCUCGUUCUCAAAAAUCAGAUGAAUCAUAUGCUCAAGGGAUGCUAGUACUUGAACAGUGCCUUGGGACUCAACCCAACGAUGAUCAGGCUUCUCACGAUUCUAAAGCUACGGUCUUGCUUGCUAUGUCUGAUCUUUUAUACGAAAGUGGGAACAGUAGCGAGGCCAUUGAACGCCUCAAGCAUGUCAUGUCUCUCACCCUCUCUUCCUUGUCUAUCAAAGCUGUUGCUGUGGAAGCUCUUGUUGGUCUGCUGAUUCAGUUAGGACAGGAUGAUGCUUCACUAAUGGUUGCUGAUGAAUUUGUGGAACUGGUUAAAGAGAGAGGCCAUGAGAAUCUUCAGGACGUGGCUGCCACAGCUAAAACGAUCAAAGGCCUCGUUGAGCUUAUUAAAGGAAAUACUGAAUCUGCCGAAUCUUUGUUUGGAGGACUUGAGAACCAUGACAUAUGCAAAGGUAACGUUGCACUUUCUUAUGGUGAAUUCUUGCACGCCACUGGAAACUUUGAAAAGGCAAAGGAGAUGUAUCAAAAGGCAAUUCAAGGAGCAGCAGACACCAAAGAGUCUAUGAGUUCUUGUAACAUGAAUUUGAAGGCGGUUUCAUUAGCAGCCACAUUUGCUCUUGGCCAGCUCGAGUCACACGUUGGAAACUUUGGUGAUGCGGAGGAAACACUGACAAGCGCAUUGACAAGCGCUGAGGAACAUUAUGGACACAAUCAUCCCAAGGUUGGCGUGAUUUUAACCGGAGUAGCUCUCAUGUACCGAAACAAAGCCAAAAAAGAACGCUCGAGUUCUAUCCUGAUUCAAGAGGGACUCUUUAGAAGAGCAUUGGAGCUCAUGAAAGCACCUCCAUUGGAUUCAGACGGGAUAAUAAACGUGGAAACUCGGGAAGUAAUGGCUCUAUCAAGAGGAGGGUAUGCGGAGCUACUACUGAUUCAAGAAAACAGAAAAAGCGAAGGAGAGAAGAUGAAAGCAUGGGCUGAAUCUGCAUGGAGAAACAGACGUAUCUCUCUUUCAGAGGCAUUGACUCCCUCCUCCGACCCAUUAGAUAAAGUAGCCAUCAUAGAUGCUCGCACCACUCGUGUCCUCUGAAGCUCACCCAACAAUGGUUUUAAAGAAUCCAAAAACAAAUACUAUUUUACAGUUUGAUGUAUAAUUAGUCUCAAUAGUUUUACAUUUCAUAAAGAGUUGUUCUUGUGACUAGACUUGAACACAUUACAGAGAAAGACCCAAGCCCUUUCCCUUGUUUAGAAUCUUAUUUAGUUUUAGUUUUUUU